CUGCGUCAUCACGCCGCGCCGCCGUCUCCAUGGCUGCGGCGACCAGCGGGAUGUACCGCAAGGAGAAGAGCAUCCAGCUGAAGAGCAGCAGCGCGGCCCUAUACAACAACCUGAGCGUGCUGCCCCUGCCUGGCAGGCAGCUCACCUGCUUCAGCACCGUGCACGGCCCCAGCCUUAGCAUGGUCACUGCCGAUGGGCUCGGCUUCUCCCACCGCCAGCUGCAGGCAAAGGAGGGCGGCAUGACCGUCAGCACAUCCCUCCUCACCCAGGCUGCUUGGUGUGUCCUGCCAUCACGGGUCCUGCUGGUGCUGACCUCUCAGAAAGGGAUCCAGAUGUACGAGUCCGAUGGCUCCAUCAUGGUUUAUUGGCACGCGCUGGAUGUCACAGAGCAUCCUCCAGCACAAGCAGUGUUUGCUCGAGGGAUUGCUGCAGCUGGCGGACGCUUCAUCUGUGUGGGAACGUCCUCUGGGCUGGUGCUGGUGUUUGACAUCCCUCCCAAAGGGACGAACAUCAUGGUGAGCGAGGUCCUGGAGCGGCACUGUGAUGCCAUCACUGACAUUGCAGCAGAGCUGGGUCAGGCGCCGGAUGGGGCUGGUGACCUGGUGACCGCCGAUGACGCUGGGACCCUCUGCGUCUGGAGCACAGGAGAGGAGUUUGCCCUGCUUAGCAAAAUCCCGGCCUUUGGCUGCACCUGCUCCUCCGUGAAGCUGUGGAACGGGAUCGUGGCUGCUGGCUACGGAAACGGGCAGAUUCGGCUGUACGAGGCAACAACUGGUCUCCUGCGCGCUGAGGUCAAUGCUCACGCUCGUUGGAUCUACGCACUGGACCUGGCACCACAGACUGGAAAGCUGUUGUCGGGUGCAGAGGACUCCUUUGUUCAUGUUUGGAAGCUCAGCAGGAACCCGGACACAGACGAUGUGGAGGUGGAGCACUGCCACGGCGAGUGUGUGACUGACACGCAGGUCUGUGGCGUCCGCUUCUGCGACCCCGAGGGAAACUCUUUUGCCGUGACCGGCUACGACCUGAGCGAGAUCUUCCGCUACGGCCGCACGUAGGCUGCGAGCUGCGGGGUCUGUCCAGGGCAGGGAGCACUGGGCUACCCUGGCACUGCGGUGCAGCUGCACUGCAGCACUGUUGGCAAAGGGGAGUGCAUCGCAGACCCCCCACUUCUGCUCCAUGGGGCCCGGGCAGCAGCGGCACAGGGGUGCAAAUCUGUGCAGAGGUGCAGCUGAGCCAGGAUCCCCUCGCUCCCAAAGUGAACCUGCCCUCAGCGUGGCAUGGCCAUGUGCCGGGAACAUGGUCUGGAGCGGCUCCAGCUAUGCAGGCCCCCGAGUGGGUCCGUGAGCAGGGGGCUGCCCUCCCACUGGCCCCCCCAGCCCUUCCUGCAGGGUAGGCGGGCCAGCAGGGCAGGGAGCAGAACCAGCUCCCCUUUUCCCAGCCGCAGCUUUGGUGCAGACGGGAGAGGAUUCAGGGCAAACCUGUGUGACACGCUGCUCCGGCCGGGAGAGCCUCGGGAGCUGUUCCCAGCCGGGGCGAUGGCGCCUCGUGGGUGCAGCACCUGCGGGGCCGCCCUCCCCUGGGGCAGCACCGUUACCCGGGAGGGGAGAGGAGCUGCUGCCCCUCCCCAGGGAGACAUGGGGACGCGCAGGUCCCCGUGGCACCUUCCAUCCCCACGGCACUUCCAUCCCCAUGGCCGCUGGCCAGAUGUGCAGGGCUGCAGCUGUGCUCCAGGGCUGGAAGAGGCAGAGGCAGCUGCACCGCGCUGUCUGCCAGGGCCCCCCAGGGACAGUCGUGUCCCCCCCCCAGCGCAGCCACUGUGCUGUCCCCCUGCUCCGUUCUCACCCUUGCCCCACCCUGCUGGCUUUGGCCCUGACCUAACCAGCCUGUGUGGGAAGUGGGGGGCAGAUGCUGCGCCAGGACAUGCCCUGGGCCCUGCCCUGGCCCCCCGGGGGCUGCCCUGCCCCAGCUCUCCCGUCCCGGCCGCGGGAGCUGACACAGCCCCAGGGACCAGCUCAGCCUCUGGCUCCGCUCCCAGGGCGCUGCGGAGCCAGCUCAACCCAGGACAGGCCCUGGAAGGGGGGGAGAGACCCCCCUGCAGCCCCCAGUCCCUCCUGCCAUGCCGGAGCUGGGGAUCCAGCUCUCCCUGUGCUGCCCAGCCCUAAGCUAUGGGGCAGAGACACCCCCCAAUUUCCCAGUCAUCUGUUCUCCCCAAACACACACCACCUGUGAGCCCCCCCGCCCCAGACAGGGGUCAGUCCCACCGCACAUGCCAUCUCCUCCCCACUGUGGGUCAGGACCCCAUGCUUCUGUUCCCCAUGUGGUGUGUACCCCCUACCCAUGAUAAAUGCACCUAAAUGAAGCCCCCUACCCCGUGUUGCUCCUUCCUGGGCAGUGGGUCGAGGGGCCGGGUGGGCGAUGGCUGAGCACUGGGUGGGGAGCGCAGAAUCCAGGCCCGUUACAAAAGAUUUUAUUAAAGGUUAAAACAGCCGAUGCUGAGAGGCAUUGGCAGCCCUGCUCACCAUGCUGGGGGGGGCCCUGGGGGCAGGGGGGCCCAAGGGCCAGUGUGCUCAUGGGGUGAGGGUAAAAAAGUGUAAAAACGGUUGUGCAGUUUGGCCCCGGGACACCCGGGCCGGGGACGAUGGCCCCUGCCGCAGGGAC